AUGUCAUCCCAAGAAGCAUCUAAUGAACUUGGAGAUAGCAUCCAUGCGUUCAUAGAAAAAGUUGGUUACUUGAGGAAUGUUUAUUUUUCAUCAGCCUUGAUAGAUUUCUACUGCAGAUCUGGAAGGGUCAAGCAGGGACGGGCUCUUUUUGACGAAGUUCCCAUCAAAGAUCUCAUAUGUUGGAGUUUAAUGAUUAAUGGAUAUGUUUUAAAUGGUUAUGGAGUUGAGGCUCUUGAGACAUUCUCAAAUAUGUUAGAUUGUGGGAUAAAGCCCAAUGAAAUUACUUUUCUUUCAGUUUUAUCUGCUUGUAGUCACUGUGGUCUAGAAUAUGAGGGUUGGAACUGGUUUCAUUCUAUGAAAGAGAAGUAUAAUGUUUCUCCUAAACUUGGGCACUAUGCAUGCAUGGUGGAUUUGCUCAGUCGCCAGGGUAAUAUUGAGCAAGCCCUAGACUUUGUGAAGAAAAUGCCAAUGGAACCAGAUAAAAGAAUCUGGGGAGCUCUUCUUGCUGGUUGUAGAUUAACACCUGGGAAAAUUGAGAUUGUUGAGUUUGUUGUUGAACAGCUUGCUACAUUGGACCCACAGAAUUGUACUCACUAUUACAUGAUUUUAUCAGACCUAUAUGCAGAUGAAGGUAGAGGGGAAGAUGUAGAGAGUUUGGUUUUUGAUCAUUUGGUCAUAGGAAGACCUGCCUACUAUGUUAUAUUACAGUGUGGAACUAAAGAAUACAGAAGCAAAACAUCUCCAGGAAAACAUAAGAAAGUACUGUGGAAUGAGAAAUUCAUGUUCGAGUUUCCGCAAUCCGAAUGGGAAAAGUUGACUUAUAUCAAAUUCAAGAUCAUGGACAAGGAAUUCUUCAAAGAAAAUGAAUUUGUUGGUGAAACCAAAAUUCACCUUGGUGGAAUUAUUACCGAGGGGACCGACAAAGGAUUUAUAGAAGUGAGACCAGCUCCAUACAAUGUAGUGCUUGAAGAUAAUACAUAUAAAGGACAGAUGAAGAUUGGAUUUAAAUUCAUUGCUAAUAAAGAAGUGGAAAACGAGAUUCAAGAACUUGCUGCGCUGCCUGAUGAACCGAGAUCACUUUACAGCUGCAUCAGGUGUCUGUGGAACCUCCCACGGCGGGCAUAUUUAUAUAUCUUUAAACUCAAGAAUUCCAAAAAGGAGCACAAAGAUGAUUAAGAGGAAUAACA